AUGUUUUUGUCUGGUGUCAACAGGAAGCAGGAAAAAGAAGUAGAAGCAGAGAAAGUAACUCAUGAAGAGAAAAGUGAACCCAGCCUGAUCUGUCCCCCACCACGCAGCAGAAACUAUCUUCCUCCAGAGAACAUACAGAGCUACCUCGAGUCUCAUGUCAGGGAGGUUUUUGGACCCUCCCUUCCUGAUAAUUGGCAGCAGGCACCCCUCAGUGAAAAGAGGUUAAAGUAUCGCCUUCUGGCUCAGCUGGCAGCAGAACUUGGCCACGCUGUCCCCAAUUCACAGCUCCACCUGAUGCGCAGCGUUGAGGAUGUCGUGAAGUUCUAUAGCACGCCUGUGAAGGAUGUGUCGAAGUUCGAUGAGCUCUGUGCUGCAGAACUGCCCCCAAACCUGAAGAUUAUCUGGAAGCGGUGA